GUUUUCACAGCAGAAUUUGUCAGAUGCUGGCUGCUUGCAUCGGGCAGGAGCGGGAGGAUGUCCUGUGUCAUUUUGCUGGUGCAGUUUGAGGGAUUGCAGCCAAAAAAAAAAAAGUGUAACAUGAAGAACUGAGACCAAAACGAGCAAGGCUCCAGAUGUUGCUAUGAGGAAAGGAGUCAGCAAUGACUGAUGUGGAGCCUGUGGUCACAGAUUUUGCAGCAUCAGGACGGGCAGGCCGCCGGAACGCCUUACCAGACAUUUUGGGCUCUCCUGCUGGUGCUGGAACUUCAGACCUGCCACACAAACUGGCUGAGCUCUCCGUUUCAGAAGAUGAAGGAGCAGAGGGUGGAGAAGUGCCAUCAUCCAAAGCCUUGCUGGAAAGUCAAGAGGCGGAAGGAAAAAGCAAUGAUUCCUAAGACUUAAGGACUGCUGGAUUAAUGAAACCCAUCGACAGACUUUCCAGUUUCCCCGUGUCUCCCCUUCUGAAGUGUGGUAGCAACUUUAGCAGCACAGACAAGAUUUUGCAACACGCUUGCACCUAGAUGACACUAACGUGGAACUACUAUUUUUUCUACUUUUGUCCUUCAAAACCAAUGUUCUACACAUCCAAAGGGGAAGAGAACUAAAGAAUGUAUCUCUUGGUUUGGGUUUUCUCAUGGUUCUCAUGGUAUUCAUCCUAACUAAUAUUCUUUGACAGUUUCAAUUAAUGUACCUAGCAGAUGUACCACCAACUAAUGAUUGCUUCAAAAUAAAAAUUCUGUUUCUUAAUUUCCCAAAAUAGCUUCUUUCUCUCUGACACAGAGGUGUAUUCACUUUGCCCAAUUUAAGAUGAUAUUAAGUAUACAUAAGAUUACAGCCAUUAUCUGUAAUUUAUCUUCUGAGAUUUUUUUCUCGUUAGGCAUAUGUAGAUGGGUGUGAGAAAUAGAAAAAAGAAACAAUUUUUUUCUCUCCUGUCUCCAAAAGAUUUUGUAUACUACUUAAACUCCAGUGUUUGUUUUCACACUCUCUUUAAACUCUGCUUGAUUAUGGCAGAUCAUCUCAGUUCUCCCGCUCUUAGCAGUCUUGCCACUUCUGUCAUUUCUGUUUUCAGGCUCAAGAUUGUAGCUGUUCACAUGUAUCUAAAAUAAAGUAGCCAUGUUUGUAAGUGAUUAAAAUUGUUUAAUCUCACUGUGGAAAUUAAAUAGCUGUCAUCUUUUCUGCCUUC